UAAACUUGUAUAUAAAUGGUAUUUCCAAACAAACUCGGUGCGGUCUUACUUUUAUAUUUUGUUUAAAAAUACUAUCCAUCCCAAAUGGACGAAAUCCUUUUUCCAACGCAACAGAAGAGCAACUCCCUCAGCGACAGCGACGAUGUCGACCUCAAGUUCUUCCACACGAGCACUGGCGAUCGAAAAGACAGCGAGACCUCGGAUACGGCCAAUGAUGCGGAGCGGGACGUCAAAGAUGUGGAUGGGGACGGCAAGAACACGGAUGGCGAUGGCGACUCCGGGGAACCAGCACACAAGAAGCUCAAGACCAAGAAGGAGCUGGAGGAGGAAGAGCGCGAGCGAAUGCAAGUUCUGGUGUCCAACUUCACGGAGGAGCAGUUGGACCGCUACGAGAUGUACCGACGCUCCGCCUUUCCAAAGGCCGCUGUCAAACGACUGAUGCAGACCAUAACCGGCUGCUCUGUGUCCCAGAAUGUCGUUAUAGCCAUGUCGGGCAUAGCCAAAGUUUUCGUUGGCGAAGUUGUGGAGGAGGCUCUCGAUGUGAUGGAGGCUCAAGGGGAAUCCGGCGCCUUGCAGCCCAAAUUUAUCCGUGAGGCUGUGCGCCGACUGAGGACCAAGGAUCGGAUGCCGAUUGGUCGCUAUCAGCAACCUUAUUUUAGACUGAACUGAGGCCAAGCAUGGAGGAAAUCUAGUUUUUAAUAACGUUAGGCAAUAUAUGUAUAAAUAAAAGUAAUGUUUAAUUUUAAGAAAAAAAGUGUUCUCUACCUCUUCUUGAAAAUA